AUGGGGAGAUAUUUGGCUUGGGACUCGAUUGGGAAUAUUGCGACCAAUCUGCUAGAUGCCAAUCCCAUCGCAAUCCUGGUGACGGUGGCAAUUGCCCUCGGAUUUCCCCUUCUCCUUCAUUACCUUCUUUAUCGAACCGCAGCAUCUCCCAAGUCAUCUUCUUUUAUUCUCCUUGGCCCCAGCGGGGCUGGCAAAACCGCUUUAUUUUCAUUGCUUGAGUCUACUUCGUCACGCAUUGCGAAAGCAGCACGACCCACUCAUACAUCCCAGACAUCUACCGUUGCAACUAUUACUCUCCCUCCGACUAUUCCUAUCGCCUCGAACCGUUAUCGCUCGGUCAAUGACCCCUCUCUGUCCGAAGCUUCAAGGAAUCCUGUCAAAUAUGAGCUGAAAGACACUCCUGGCCAUGGGAAGCUGCGAGGAUCCCAAGGUCUAUCGUACCUGGAAACGUCGCUAAACUCGAAGAAAGAAAAAGAGAGAACUCGUGGCGUCAUAUUUGUUGUUGAUGCUGCUGCUUUGUCAGAAGGAGGCGAAAACCUGAGGGAUGCAGCGGGAUAUCUGCAUGACAUCCUCCUUCUCCUCCAGAAGAAUGCACUAAACAAGGGCAGCAGAUCUUUCUCGAAGGUUGGAGAUCCAGUCUCCGUUCUAGUAGCGGCGAACAAACAAGAUCUUUUCACGGCUUUACCGCCCGGUUCCGUGCGCAACAAGCUCGAGACUGAGAUCGACAGGAUUCGAAAGUCGCGAAAGAGAGGCUUAAUGGAUGCUAGCGUUGGUUCCGGGAUCAAUGAAGAUGAGGACGAAGUUCUUGGUGGCGACGAUGGCCACGGUAUAUUCAGCUUCAACUUACUAGAGGAAGUGGGCAUUAAGGUUGAUGUCGUUGGAGGUGCUGUCAAGGCAGAAGGUGACACCGAUCCUAGAGCCGGCGUCCGGAAAUGGGAGGAGUGGAUUGGCAUGUGCCUGUGA